AGGCUCAUUACGGUAGCCUGUGGCUCGCUGUCCCCGAUGCAGCUAAUGUUAGCCGCCCUUGCGGCGCAAAUUGGUUCUUAUUAAGGCUCCCUCGCACUUGGGCGACGCUUUGUCGAAAUGUUGUAGUAUCUGGACUGCUAGCGGUUUGAGUAUUGUAGUUUUUCCACAGACUAAUCCGCCUCGUAAGCGAGGCCACAGCCCGUUAGCUCGAUGCUGGCCGACUGAACCCCUUGUCUCCGCAUUGUCUCCUUCUGCUAGCUGACCAUUCAUCACUGCGAAUCUGUCUGAUAGCUAUCAUGGAGUUUCCUUUUGACAUUAACCAGUUAUUCUCCGAGAGGGUCUCCGUCCUGGACCAGACCCUCGUUGCAGGUCGUACAUCAACAGGAAUGCCACAACUUCAAGCCCGCAUAGCCACAGUUAUUGAUGAACUCGGGAGAGCCUCUGCAAAGGCCCAACAGCUCCCAGCAUCCAUAACCAGUGCCUCAAAGCUGCAGUCGCAGAGGCAUCAGCUCUACUUGCUGAAGGACGGAGAGAGCAACGGAGGACGUGGUGUGGCCGUGGGAUUUCUCAAGGUUGGCUACAAGAAGUUAUUUUUGCUUGACCGACAGGGUGUCCAUAUAGAAGCCGAGCCAUUGUGUGUUCUGGAUUUCUACAUCGCAGAGGGCGUUCAGCGGCAUGGCUACGGACUGGAGCUGUUUAAUUUCAUGUUACAGCACAAGAAUUUAGAGCCAGUUGUGAUGGCCUACGACCGGCCCUCUCCCAAGUUCCAGUCUUUCCUGGCGAAGCAUUACAGUCUAACACCAAGUGUUCCUCAGGCCAACAACUUUGUGGUGUUUGAAGGCUUCUUCCUCAACAGACCAGGCUCGCCCUCCUCUCCUCUGAUGGAUCAGGGCCUCUUCGGCUGUUUCGGCCCAGUUGAGAAAGGUUCCCCUCAGAAAGCCGAACGGAGAUAUCAAGCCGUACUCUUUAAUGGAGAGAGAAGUGGUGCUUCGGGAGCAGUUGGCUCGUCCCUGGCCGUUCGCUCCUCCUCACUCCCCCCAGCGGUCGGUAUCCUCCCGGUGCUCCCACUCCCUCAGCGUGGGAUCCUCCCCCAGCAGGGGGCUCCCUCGUACCUUCCCGGCCUCGGCCCCUGGGGGCAGCAGGGACCCGAGCCCACAGUCGCCUCUCAUCGAGCGCUGCAGAGCAAGACGCAGCAGCACACUGGGUAUGGUUGCCAGGAGCAGCCUGUACAGUCGGCACAUGGACAGCAGAGCUGCUGGACUGCUGGACAGACCCUUACCAGGCAGACCUCUCUAGAAGGCACACAAGGGCUUCUGGAUUCAAGUGCUGAGGGGGAGCUCAGGGCGGUUGCCUGUCCUCAGUGUCCAGCACCAGGCAUGCUGGUCCGCCCGAGACACGCGUUGGAGAAGGAGAGUAACAGAGGCGCAUGCGGCUGGUCCUGGGCUGUAGGAGAGAACUGCUACACCUCCCAGUGGGUGAAGCAGAAGCAGGGACACAGGAGCUCCCGGCCCUGGUGACCAGGAGCCAGUUCUUUUAGUCAAAUGCUAAAAAAUGUAACUCUGUUGUUUUCUGGAACCAGUCAUUGCCAUCAGAACACAAAUAUGUGCUGGAGCAGAAACUGUGUUCAGGAGCACCAAUGGGGUGAACUUUCAAACUCCUAAAACCAAGAACUACAUGAGGUGAUAAAACACUGUUCCUUCUCUAGCUGAGUGGUGGAGACUUGAAGUCAUGUGACCACGGUGGGCUUCCUUAAUAGCCUAAAACUGUUCACGCUUCAAAAGAGAAACAAAUACAGGAGCUGUUCAUUGGUGAAGAUGGUAUAGAUGAAUAUACCAAGUGAGUGAUCAAAAAAUGAAAACGGAGAACGUCGUUAGGGGGAACGUCGUUCUCCCUAAGGUUUCUUCCCCUUUUUCCCCAUGGAGAGGUCCCUCUCCCAGGAUGAACAGACUAUAGACUAAUAGUUGUCAUGUGUACAUAAUAAACAAUUUACAAGACGUACAAUA